AUGGUUCUUCCGUCAAUCGUGUAUCUGCCUCUUCAGCUUCGGCUGUCACCCACAGUCGGUAUUAUGAAGGCCGUGAAGCCAGCUGGAUUCUGGUUUCCCGGCAGAGAUAAGUAUCCUCGCCGUCAACUCAGCCCCAUCCCCGGCUCCCGACGCACGGGCUAUGAGGCGAUUCAGCGACCGCAAAUGAGCCACAAGGCCUUACUUGCCAAAAUGGAACGUUUCCGCAAGCUGGACGCUGAAAAGCUUGAGUUGCAACUUCCCCAUGUUGUACGGCGAAGGGUUGCACCCUCCAUUCCUCCUGCCCCGGUCACGGGCAUUUUGAUGACGACCGCAAGAAGGCCUCCAUCUGCUGAUCGUCACGUCUCGUUUGGAGAGACAACGGUCCAUGUGGUUGAGCGUUAG